AGCAGAUAAUAAUAAUAAGCGUGUUUUGAGUUCCAAAAAACCUCAUCUGUUUCCUUGGCCGACCAAAUACGAGGGUCUGCCUUUCUCUCCCAAACAAAACACUUAUAGAGUAGUAGGUCAGCAUCAUGGCUCGGGUGUUACUUCAGUCAGCUAAUGUCCCUGGUUUAGUUGCUAAUCAGAGACGUAACCAAUCUAAAGGAUUUGGAAAAGCAAAAAGGUCCGUCAAAAUGAUGUCUAGUUUACAGGCACCUGGAUUGAGAAUGGGAAGCUUCUCAGGAUUGCGGAGUGUUAAUGCUUUGGAUACUCUGGUAAAGCCUGGGAUAGAUUUACAUUCUAAGGUGAGAAUUGCAAUCAAUUCUCGGCAAGGAAGGGGUAGCAGAUGUGUGGCUAGAGCCAUGUUUGAGCGCUUCACAGAAAAAGCGAUUAAAGUAAUUAUGCUUGCACAAGAGGAAGCUAGACGGCUUGGUCAUAAUUUUGUUGGCACAGAACAGAUCCUGUUGGGUCUUAUUGGUGAAGGCACUGGCAUUGCUGCUAAAGUUCUUAAAUCUAUGGGGAUCAAUCUUAAAGAUGCACGUGUAGAAGUGGAAAAAAUUAUCGGAAGGGGCAGUGGAUUUGUUGCUGUUGAGAUUCCAUUCACUCCUCGUGCAAAGCGUGUUUUGGAACUCUCGCUAGAGGAAGCUCGCCAACUUGGCCAUAACUAUAUUGGAUCUGAGCAUUUGCUUCUGGGACUUCUUCGUGAGGGUGAGGGUGUUGCAGCUCGUGUUCUUGAAAAUCUAGGUGCUGACCCGAGUAACAUUCGCACCCAGGUUAUUCGAAUGGUUGGUGAGAGCCCAGAAGCUGUUGCCGCUGGUGUUGCAGGAGGAAGUAGUGGCAAUAAGAUGCCAACCCUGGACGAAUAUGGGACUGACCUGACUAAGCUUGCAGUGGAGGGAAAAUUGGAUCCUGUUAUUGGUAGGCAGGCACAAAUAGAACGUGUCACCCAAAUUUUGGGGCGUCGAACCAAAAACAAUCCAUGUCUUAUUGGAGAACCUGGAGUUGGGAAAACAGCAAUCGCAGAAGGGCUUGCUCAAAGAAUUGCAACUGGUGAUGUUCCUGAAACUAUAGAGGGGAAGAAGGUUAUAACCUUGGACAUGGGUCUUCUAGUUGCUGGUACAAAAUAUCGUGGAGAGUUUGAGGAACGAUUAAAGAAGUUAAUGGAGGAAAUCAAACAAAGUGACGAGAUAAUAUUGUUUAUUGAUGAAGUGCAUACUUUAAUUGGAGCUGGAGCAGCAGAAGGAGCAAUUGAUGCUGCAAACAUAUUGAAACCAGCUCUUGCAAGAGGUGAACUGCAGUGCAUUGGAGCUACAACACUAGAUGAAUACAGAAAGCACAUCGAGAAGGAUCCAGCUUUGGAAAGACGUUUCCAGCCGGUCAAAGUGCCUGAACCAACUGUGGAUGAAACCAUACAGAUUUUGAAGGGGCUUCGGGAGCGAUAUGAGAUUCAUCACAAGCUCCGUUACACAGAUGAAGCACUUGUAUCUGCUGCACAGCUAUCAUAUCAGUACAUCAGUGAUCGUUUCCUCCCUGAUAAAGCAAUUGACUUGAUUGAUGAAGCUGGUUCUCGAGUUCGUCUGCGUCAUGCACAGCUACCAGAGGAAGCUAGAGAACUUGAGAAAGAGCUCAGGCAGAUCACAAAAGAAAAGAAUGAAGCUGUUCGCAGCCAAGACUUUGAGAAGGCUGGAGAGUUACGUGAUAGAGAAAUGGACCUUAAGGCACAAAUAUCAGCUCUUGUAGAUAAAGGCAAGGAAAUGUCAAAGGCAGAGACUGAGGCUGGGGAUGUAGGUCCACUGGUGACUGAGCUGGAUAUUCAACAUAUUGUCUCCUCUUGGACAGGCAUUCCUGUUGAGAAAGUCUCAACAGAUGAAUCUGACCGCCUCCUCAAGAUGGAAGAGACCCUCCAUAAGCGGGUCAUUGGUCAGGAUGAAGCAGUCAAGGCCAUCAGCCGUGCCAUUCGCCGUGCCCGUGUUGGUCUCAAGAAUCCUAACCGUCCAAUUGCUAGUUUCAUCUUUUCAGGUCCAACUGGUGUAGGAAAGUCUGAGCUGGCAAAAGCGUUGGCUGCUUACUACUUUGGCUCUGAAGAAGCCAUGAUUAGGCUUGAUAUGAGUGAAUUUAUGGAAAGACAUACCGUCUCCAAGCUAAUUGGAUCCCCCCCUGGUUAUGUCGGUUACACUGAGGGAGGUCAGUUGACUGAGGCUGUUCGACGCCGUCCUUACACUGUGGUAUUGUUUGAUGAAAUUGAGAAGGCCCAUCCUGAUGUCUUCAACAUGAUGCUUCAAAUUCUCGAAGAUGGAAGGUUGACAGAUAGCAAGGGCAGAACUGUGGACUUCAAGAAUACUCUUUUGAUAAUGACGUCAAAUGUUGGCAGUAGUGUAAUUGAGAAAGGAGGCCGCCGAAUAGGAUUUGAUCUUGAUUACGAUGAGAAGGAUAGCAGUUAUAACCGAAUCAAGAGCUUGGUGACUGAGGAAUUGAAACAAUAUUUUAGGCCAGAGUUUUUGAACAGGUUGGAUGAAAUGAUUGUCUUUAGGCAGCUCACAAAGCUGGAGGUAAAGGAUAUAGCCGAUAUUAUGCUGAAAGAGGUCUUUGAGAGGCUGAAGACCAAAGAAAUAGAGCUUCAGGUGACGGAGAGAUUUAGAGAUAGAGUGGUUGACGAAGGGUAUAACCCAAGCUAUGGGGCUAGGCCUCUGAGGAGAGCCAUAAUGAGACUGUUGGAGGACAGCAUGGCAGAGAAGAUGCUUGCUAGAGAGAUCAAAGAGGGUGAUUCAGUUAUUGUGGAUGUUGAUUCUGAUGGCAACGUGACUGUCCUCAAAGGUAGCAGUGGCUCCCCCGAAUCAUUACCAGAGCCCGAGCCAAUUCCAGUGUAAAAUAGGCCUUCAUUAUUUAGUAAACUUUACCAAUAUGUUGUUUGUACUUCUCAUUUUGAACUAUAGUUGUAGUCUCUUUUUAUGAAAAGAAUACUUGAAAGUGGAAUCGGAAAAUGUUGGGUUAAUUGCUGGCGCCUGGCUUUUUCUAGGUUGUAUUUGUCAUUGCUUCAAACACCACGCAUGGCAUGGGUCAUUCUCAGGUUGUAAGGUGUUGGUACUUGGUAGUGCUAGUUUUGCAGAAUAUUUUUUAUAAUAAAAAUGUAACGAUGUUAAAGAUUAUUUGUUUUUACA